ACUUUUUUUGUUAACAUUCCGUGGAUAAGAAUCAAGAUCACUCUGUCCCGUCCGAGACCAUCUCAUUCACCCCACACUCUACACCUACACUGCCGCAGCCUCCUCCUCCUCCUCCCUCCUCUUUCUCCUCUUCUUCCUCCAUCCUCCGUUCAUCGGCAUCAAGCACUCCAAUAUCGCCUGCCCCGAAAUGCGACUGCUCCUCCUACUCCUUCUCCUUCUCCAUUUCAACCACUCCCGUUCUUCACGCUUCUCUGAGUACCGUGCCCUCCUCUCCUUCAAGGCUUCCAUUUCCGACGACCCUCAAUCUGCUCUUUCUUCAUGGAAUUCCUUUUCUGAGUACUGCAAAUGGUCCGGCGUCAUCUGCGACUCCCGCCGCCACGUUACUUCCCUCGACCUCACCGGUCGCAACCUCUCUGGCACACUGUCCAACGACCUUGCUCAUCUUCCUUUCCUCUCUAAUCUCUCCCUAGCUGGUAAUCAGUUCGCUGGACCCCUCCCUCCGGGGAUCUCUGCCAUUGCUGGCCUUCGCUUCCUCAACCUUUCAAACAAUGUCUUUAAUGGCACUUUCCCUCCCGAAUUUUCCCAGCUUAAGAAUAUUCAGGUUCUCGACCUCUAUAACAAUAACAUGAGUGGAUCGCUUCCGCGUGUGGUGACCCAGAUGCCAAAUCUUCGGCAUUUGCAUCUUGGCGGGAACUUCUUUUCGGGUCAGAUCCCGCCGGAGUACGGACAUUGGGAUCAUUUGGAAUACUUGGCUGUUUCCGGUAACGGGCUGAAUGGCACUAUACCGCCGGAGAUCGGAAACUUGACCAGCCUGCGGGAACUCUAUAUUGGAUACUUCAACACUUACACGCGCGGCAUACCGCCUGAGAUUGGAAACUUGUCGCAACUCGUCAGAUUUGACGCGGCGAACUGCGGAUUGACUGGCGAGAUACCACCGGAACUGGGGAAACUUCAGAACCUCGAUACUCUGUUUCUUCAAGUGAAUGGACUUUCAGGUUCUCUGACGCCAGAGCUUGGGAACUUGAAGUGCUUAAAAUCCAUGGACUUGUCCAAUAAUAUGCUUACGGGUGAGAUUCCGGAGAGUUUUGCUGAGCUCAAGAACCUAACGCUUUUAAACCUUUUCAGAAAUAAGCUUCAUGGAGCCAUUCCUGAGUUCAUUGGGGAUUUGCCGGCGCUGGAAGUGCUUCAGCUCUGGGAGAAUAACUUCACUGGCAGCAUUCCUCAGGGUCUGGGGAAGAAGGGGACGCUUGUAUUUGUGGAUCUUUCGUCAAACAAAUUGACUGGGACUUUGCCUCCUGAUAUGUGCUCUGGCAAUCGUCUUCAGACUUUGAUUAUCCUAGAAAACUUUCUGUUUGGUCCUAUCCCUGAAUCGCUCGGGAAGUGUGAGUCAUUGACUAGGAUUCGUAUGGGAGAAAACUUUCUAAACGGGUCAAUACCGAAAGGCCUUUUUGGGCUUCCCAAACUCACUCAGGUUGAGCUACAGGACAAUCUUCUCUCGGGACAGUUUCCUCAUGCUAAUUCUGUUUCUGUUGGUCUUGGUCAGAUCAUUCUAUCCAACAACCAGCUUUCAGGGCAGUUGCCCCCCACGAUUGGUAACUUUUCAGGCAUGCAGAAGCUCCUUCUUGAUGGCAACGAAUUCUCAGGGCAGAUCCCUCCCGAGAUUGGGAGGUUGCAGCAGCUCUCUAAGAUAGAUUUUAGUCAUAACAAAUUCUCUGGUCCUAUUGCGCCAGAAAUAAGUCACUGCAAGCUGUUGACAUUCGUUGAUCUUAGCCGUAAUGAACUUUACGGUGAGAUUCCAACUGAGAUAACUGGUAUGCGAAUAUUGAAUUACUUGAAUCUUUCAAGAAAUCAUCUAGUUGGUGGCAUUCCUGCAUCAGUAGCCUCCAUGCAAAGCUUGACGUCUGUUGAUUUUUCAUAUAACAAUCUCUCUGGCUUGGUUCCUGGUACCGGCCAAUUUAGCUAUUUCAACUACACAUCAUUCCUGGGAAACUCUGACCUUUGUGGUCCGUAUCUGGGUCCUUGCAAGGAGGGGGUUGCAAAUGGCGCUCACCAGUCUCACGUUAAAGGCCCGCUAUCUGCUUCCAUGAAGCUCUUACUGGUGAUUGGAUUACUUGUCUGUUCUAUUGCAUUUGCAGUUGCGGCAAUAAUAAAGGCCCGGUCACUGAAGAAGGCCAGCGAAGCUCGUGCAUUUAAAUUGACUACAUUCCAACGCUUGGACUUCUCUGUUGAUGACGUUCUGGAUUGCCUGAAGGAGGACAACAUCAUAGGAAAAGGAGGGGCAGGCAUUGUCUACAAAGGGACAAUGCCCAAUGGAGACCAGGUUGCUGUGAAAAGACUACCAGCUAUGAGUAGAAGUUCUUCUCAUGAUCACGGGUUCAAUGCAGAGAUCCAGACAUUAGGGAGAAUCCGGCAUAGACACAUUGUAAGAUUAUUGGGUUUCUGUUCAAACAACGAAACAAAUCUUUUGGUCUACGAAUUCAUGCCGAACGGAAGUUUAGGUGAAGUUCUUCAUGGUAAGAAAGGAGGUCAUUUGAUCUGGGACACUAGGUAUAAGAUUGCUGUGGAGGCUGCGAAGGGACUUUGCUAUCUACAUCAUGACUGUUCGCCACUUAUAGUCCAUAGAGAUGUAAAAUCGAACAACAUCCUUCUUGACUCCAAUUUUGAAGCACAUGUUGCUGAUUUCGGGCUUGCCAAGUUUCUUCAAGAUUCAGGAACUUCCGAAUGCAUGUCGGCUAUUGCUGGGUCAUAUGGAUACAUAGCUCCAGAGUAUGCCUACACAUUGAAAGUUGAUGAGAAGAGCGAUGUGUACAGCUUUGGAGUAGUUCUUUUAGAGCUCAUAACUGGCAGGAAACCAGUGGGAGAAUUUGGUGAUGGGGUGGACAUUGUGCAAUGGGUCAGGAAAAUGACGGACGGGAAGAAGGAAGAAGUCGUGAAAGUUCUUGAUCCUAGACUUUCAUCUGUACCCCUUCAAGAGGUCGUGCAUUUUUUUUACGUAGCCAUGCUCUGUGUCGAAGAACAGGCAGUGGAGCGACCAACUAUGCGCGAAGUUGUUCAAAUUCUAACAGAACUCCCAAAGCCCCCAGGCUCUAAACAGGGAGACGUUACAAUCACAGAAUCUUCUACGUCAUCGGCGAACACUUCAGAGGCUUCAACCAUGCUGUCUAAAGAAUUAAAGGACGAAACUCCUCAAUCACCACAUGCUGACCUUCUCGGCAUUUGAAGUGGGAUUCUCGUCGAGUUUCCUUGGCCUUAUCAUUUGAUGUGUUCGCUUCCGUUUUUAAUUCGUGGGGUGGGUCUUUUUUUUUUUUUUUCCUCUUCAACUAUUUUAGGUUGUUCAACGCAAGGAAUUUUCUUGAUUUCUCCUGUUUUGUACAGUAGGAUGGGCGGGGUAUUUUCUAUAGUCAUUGUCUUCAUCAUUCGUGUACUGGUUUUAUAACACAGCUGUUACAUUUCUGAGUCC